CUUUGUUGUGUUGAUGGGAAAUGAUUUCGUAACAAUGGAGUUUGAGGGUACGGAAGGGGCGGAGCUCAUCGACUCGGUUCUCGACGUCGUGAUGAAGGAAACAGAGAAUUGCGACUGCUUGCAAGGUAUUGGCCAUGGGCUUUGAUUCGUGAGCUCUUUUAUCCAGUGGCUCACAGCCGUGGAGUUCGGACUCUUGAUGGGGUGUCAUCCUCUUCUUGGAAAUUUGGAUGUCUCCGUCAACCAAUCAACAAGUUUAAGGCUUAGAGAAAAGAGUAAUGGUUGACGUUCAUGGAAAGAAUCAAGAACUCUUGGAUCUUACUGUAACUGAUACCAAUGGCUAUGCUGUAAGUCUAUUCAAUCAGCUGCCAGAAAGGUAGCUCGACCGGAGGAGUCAGCUAUACCUGUGGGUGCUCAAAGAGGCGAAGUAGUACAGACAACACAGGUAGUAAUGAAUAUAUUUGACACUGCAACGCCGGGUCCUCUUGUAAUCCUCCAUAAUCACUCAUCAUUGACAUCUUUGAGAAGCUAGCUAACUCAUAAAUCUUCAAAGUGAUUCAAGGAGAACGAGUUGAGAUCCAAACAUUCAGGAGAUGGGAGCUUCUAGGAGACCUCUCCAAGCAUGUUAAUUGUGAAGCUACAAAGGCGAUAAUUCAAUUAUAUAGCUCUCGAUUGAAUUCAUUUCUAGUUAGGGUUUUUCUUAUAGGAGUAAGGGUUUAGGAUUAGCCUAUACAUUGUUCUCUGUUGUUAUUUGGAUGUAUAGACCUUUUAGUAGGCAAUGUCUAUGUAUAAAUAUUAAGAUGACUCAUUUGGAAUUAUUAUUAUUAUUAUUAUUAUUAUUAUUAUUAUUAU